ACACAUGUGGAUAUCUACAUCUAAGAAGUUCGAUCUGACAGCAAAGUAAUAGACUGUCGACACUGGCUAGUCAUUCUAAAGAAUUUGAUGUUUACUAUACUUCGGUUGUGUGAUUGCUUAAAGUAUUUCACUUUUAUAAUAAUAUUUCGAUUUGUUUUUUACGGCUAAUAUCGCAAUGUUUACAUAUAAUUAUUAAAUUAAUCAGAGAGCUACUUUGGCUAUAAAUAUGAUAUCAAAGAGGAUAAUCUUCUGAAAAAAUGCGCAUACUUAAGUUUAAUUUUACACUCUUAACGUUAUCUGGAUGUUGGCGACCGGAUUCUUGGUCAUCGUUUCAUAAACGAGUAGCAUACAACAUAUAUACAAGUAUAAUAGUUUUAUUAUUAAAUUCUUUUCUGCUAUCGCAAUUGAUGGACGUAAUCCUAACAGUGAAUAAUGCCGACGAUUUUUCUGAAAAUUUCUUUGUACUAAUUUCUAUGUUUAUUUCUUGUUGUAAACUAUUUAUUUUGCUUAUGAAUCGUAAAAAUAUUAUCAUGCUGAUCGACAUGUUGAUGGACAAACCAUGUAGACCGUCGAAAUCGACAGAAAUGAACAUUUUUCAUAAAUUCGAUAAAAGUAUACAAAUUAAUACCUGGCGUUUCGUAUAUUUGGGAACGGUAACAUUAACAUGUAUCGUGUUAUCUUCUUUAUCUAUAAGCUUCAAAAAUAGACAAUUAACGUUCAGAGCAUGGUUGCCAUUUGAUUACUCAUCAACGUUAUUAUUCUCUCUGAUGUACACUCAUCAACUCAUAAGUUUGAUUGCUGCAGCAUAUUUAAAUAUUGGCUGCGAUACUCUCAUCUGUGGAUUAUUAGUUCAUAUUUGCUGUCAAAUUGAGAUUUUACUCUAUCGUUUGAGAAAAGUUGUAUCUUAUUCGUACGUUCUUCGCGAUUGCAUACAUCAACAUUAUCAUAUCAUCAGACUUGCUUUUAUUGUAAAUGCAAAGUUUAGACUGACUAUUACUAUUCAGUUUAUAAUGAGUACGUUGGUAGUAUGCUUCAGCCUCUAUCAAAUAAGUAAAAUAACGACUAAAGCUAAAUAUAUUGAAAUGACAUUAUAUAUAUCUUCUAUGUUAACGCAAAUCUUCUUCUAUUGUUGGUAUGGAAACGAAUUGAAGAUAAAGAGUCAACAAAUGAUUGACAAUAUUUUCGAAAUGGAGUGGUUGUCAUUGGAUGAAAAUAAAAAGAAAUCUCUGAUGAUAAUAAUGAGGCGAACGAUUAUGCCUAUUCAGAUUACCUGUGCUUAUAUUAUUCCCAUGAAUAUUAAUUCUUUUAUGGGUAUACUUAAGACGUCUUAUUCUACUUAUAACUUACUGCAAAAAAUGAGGAUUACCUUAAAGAUAUGUUUAAUUAAUAACACGGUAUGUUACACAAAGUUUGCAAUAACUAUUUACGUAUAUUUAUGCUUUGUAGAUGAUAUCAAGGAAAAUAAUAUUUUAAAAAUGCAAGUACUUAAGUGUCCUUUUCAACUUCUAACAAUAUUUGGGUGUUGGCUACCGAAUUAUUGGUCGCGGUAUAAAUGUAUAGCAUACUACAUAUACACAAGUAUAGUGGUUUUAUUAAUAAAUACUUUUGUGCUAUCACAAUUGAUGGAUGUAAUUCUAACAGUUGACAAUGCCAACGAUUUUGCUGAUAAUUUUUUUAUACUGGUUGGCAUGCUUAAUGCUUGCUGCAAAUUAUUCAUUUUGCUCGUGAAUCGUAAAAGCAUUGUCAUGCUAAUCAACAUACUGAUGGAAAAACCAUGUAAACCGACGAAAGUGACGGAAAUAAAUAUUUUCUAUAAAUUCGAUAAAGGCAUACACAUUAAUACUUGGCGCUACAUAUAUUUGGGAACGAUAACAAUAACAUGUAUCGUGUUAUCAUCUUUGGCUAUAAACUUUAGAAAUAGAAAAUUAACAUACAGGGCAUGGUUGCCAUUUAAUUACUCAUCAACGUUAUUGUUCUCUGUGAUGUACACCCACCAACUGAUAAGUUUUAUUUUCGCUUCGUACUUAAGUAUGGGAUGCGAUACUCUUAUUUGUGGGUUGUUAGUUCAUAUUUGCUGUCAAAUUGAGAUCUUAACAUAUCGUUUGAGAAAAAUUGUAUCUUGUUCAGACAUUCUUCGUGAUUGCGUACGUCAACAUUAUCAUAUCUUCAGACUUGCAGUUGUUGUAAAUGCGAAGUUUAGACUCGUCAUUAUUUCCCAAUUUAUAAUGAGUACGUUGGUGGUAUGCUUCAGCCUUUAUCAAUUAAAUACAUCAACGACGAGAGCCAAAUAUAUUGAAAUGAUAUUAUUUAUAUCUUCUAUGUUAACGCAAAUCUUCUUCUAUUGUUGGUAUGGAAAUGAAGUAAAGAUAAAGAGUCACCAAAUGAUUGAUAAUAUUUUUGAAAUGGAAUGGUUGACAUUGGACCAAAAUAGUAAGAAGUCUUUAAUAAUAAUAAUGAGGCGAAUGGUUGUGCCUAUUCAGAUUACCUGUGCUUAUAUUGUUCCCAUGAAUCUCGAUUCCUUCAUGAGUAUACUUAAGGCAUCUUAUUCCGUUUACAACUUACUGCAAAAUGCACGGGUGUGAUUCGAUGAAGUAAGAGUACUAUUCAUAGUAUAAAUAUUUACUAUGAGAAGAGGUAAGAAAAGAAAACUAAACAUCGUGUUUUUAUAAUUAGUU